UCCACUUCCCUUUCACUCUACUCCUUUGUACGAUCAGCCACCGCAAACAUGGCUCCCUCCGAAUUCUUCAUGCCCAACCCGGCAGUCGGUGACCGCAAAGGCGUGGAAGAUUGGCGCAUUCGGGGCAUGACACCUCUCACACCGCCCGAUCUCCUUCAACACGAAAUUCGCCAAACGCAAGCGUCGAUCGAUACCGUUGUUCAAGGUCGCAACGAAGCCGUCUCAGUCGUCCACGGCCAGGAUCCUCUCCGUCGACUGCUCGUUGUGGUCGGCCCAUGUUCCAUCCACGACCCGCAAACCGCACUCGAGUACUGCGAUCGCCUUAUGACACUCAAAAAGAAGCACGAGAAGGACCUCCUCAUUGUCAUGAGAUCCUACCUUGAAAAGCCUCGAACAACUAUUGGAUGGAAAGGACUGGUCAACGACCCGGAUAUCGACAACACUUUCAACAUCAACAAGGGACUUCGUGUCUCUCGACAGUUGUUCCUCGACCUCACAUCGAAGGGCAUGCCGCUUGCAUCGGAAAUGCUGGAUACCAUUAGCCCACAGUUCACCGCGGAUUUGCUCUCGGUUGGAGCUGUAGGAGCCCGAACAACAGAGUCUCAAGUGCACCGCGAACUUGCUUCAGGACUCUCCUUCCCGGUUGGCUUCAAGAACGGUACUGACGGGUCGCUGGGAGUUGCCAUUGAUGCGAUCGGCGCUGUUCAACAUCCUCACCACUUCUUGUCCGUGACAAAGCCAGGCAACGUAGCCAUUGUCGGUACAGAUGGGAACGACGACUGUUUCGUGAUCCUGCGCGGUGGAACCAAAGGCACAAACUACGAUGCCGGCAGCAUUUCCGAGGCAAAGGCAGCACUGGAGAAGAAGAACCUUCGACCUCUCCUCAUGGUGGACUGCUCUCACGGCAACUCGCUGAAGAACCACAAGAAUCAGCCUCUGGUAGCAAAAGACCUGGCGGAGCAGAUCCGCGGCGGCGAGACGGCGAUUAUGGGCGUGAUGAUCGAAUCAAAUAUCAACGAGGGUGCGCAGAAGGUUCCGGCUGAGGGCAAGAAGGGGUUGAAGUAUGGAGUCAGCAUCACCGAUGCUUGCAUUGGGUGGGAGGACACGGAGACCACUUUGGAGGAGUUGGCGAACGCCGUGGCGGCGAGACGUGAGAAAUUGGGAGAGGUGAAAGCUACGAAUGGUGUUAAUGGGCAUGCUUGA